CAACACUCGGUAUCAAAUCACCGGCUUCCGCUUCGCCACUGAAUUUCAGUCUCCAAUCUCCAUUAGCUUCUUCCCUCUUUUCUCGAUCAACAAUGGCGAUGGCAUUCCAGAUGGCGGCGAGCGGGAUGUGGGUGAGCGACGAGUGCAGGAACUCGUUCAUGGAGAUGAAGUGGAAGAAGGUCCACCGCUACAUCGUAUUCAAGAUCGACGAGAAGACAGGGCUCGUCGCCGUCGACAAGGUAGGCGGCGCCGGCGAGAGCUACGACGACCUCGCGGCGUCGCUACCGGAAGACGACUGCCGCUACGCCGUCUUCGAUUUUGACUUCGUCACCGUCGACAACUGCCGGAAGAGCAAGAUCUUCUUCAUUGCCUGGGGCACCUGCGGCGUCGAGGAUCAAAGCAAAGAUGUUAUACGCAACAUCAAAGAUCGGAGUGAAGGGAGCAUUGGAUGGGAUCCAUUACGAGCUUCAGGCGACCGAUCCAACCGAGAUGGGGUUUGAUGUGAUCAAGAGUCAAGCCAAAUAAAUUAAUUAAGGGGUGUGUGGGAACUAAUCAACUUAAAGAGUAUUAAUAUAUAAUCGGUUCAUUAGAGAAUCAUUGAGGGAGUUGUUGGAGUUCCCAUGGUUAUUAAUGAAUUGAUGAUUAUAGGAUUAAUCAUACUUUCUAUUGUUGUUAAUAACUCCCCUAAGUUCCUUUAAUCAUGUAACCAGCUAAUUUGGUGAGAGUUAGGGAACCCUGCCUUUUGGGUACUUUCUACCUCAUUCUCUCCCCCCUUGUGUUCUUUUUUACUAGUUAAUCUCAUCUUAUAUUUAUAUAGGAUGCACUAGACAAAAUAAUAGUGCAUCCUUCUUAAAUUGAUGC